AGGCAAGAAGGGAGAAUACAAGAGCAACAACAAAAAGAAAGAUGGUCCAGACCUCCACCGAAGAUCUUGAAAAUCAACACUGACGGCGCCUACCUGAAGGAAUCAAAUUCUGGAGGUUGGGGCUUUGUUAUCAGGAACGAUUGUGGUAUGGUAAUAGCAGCUGGUGCAGGAAAUUUGGGGCAAGUUUCGAAUGCGCUCCAUUCGGAGGCAAUGGCAAUGUUGCAUGCCAUAAACGCAGCUAUUCAGAUGGGUUGUCACUGUGUCAUAAUGGAGACUGACUCUGUGCAACUUCAGUCAGCAGUGAACAAUGAAGACUAUGAUCUCUCUACAUUAGGAGCUAUUUUCAAAGAUAUUAAAUUUAAGCUGAGAGUAAGCUUCAAUCAUGUAACUGUUGUGUCUUGUCCUAGAACUUGUAAUGUAGUGGCACACUGUUUAGCAGCGUAUGGUACUAAACUAGGAGCUGGCAUAAGUGAGAUUUGGCUUGAUGAAUGUCCAGACUUUGUAAAUGACGCUGUUGCUGGCGACUUGUCCAGCAUUGGUUCUUAAUGGAAUGUUUCGUGUUCUCUUUCAAAAAAAAACGGCGCCUGGUUG